AUGAAGUUCUUCGUCUUGCUGCUCGUCGCAUUGGUGGCUAUUGCUAGUGCCGUCCCCUUCGGUCGUGUCGUUGAGAAGACGACGAUCAUCCGACCAGGCUUCGGCGGUGGCUUCAACCGAGGACCUCCCCCUCCCCCUCCCCGCUUCGGACCCGGCGGCUUCGGCGGACCCCAGCGCGGACCCACCAUCAUCAAGACGACCGUCAUCAAGGGC